GAGCCUUGGGCGCAAGACAGCGGGACCCCACAACGGCGUUUAACGUGCAAGGCUGGUUUAAAGAAUGACCGCGGAUGAGCCUGACAGAUACAGAACUUUAUUACUAUCGAGUCGCGUGUUGACCAGUGGGUACGAAGGCGUCCUUUUCGUGGAAGAGGUUAAAAGUCCUUCUAAUCUUGCCACUGUCUUACACUUCCGCUCCCCAAACCCCUAAAGCCGCAUGGUCCGACUGGAAAGCUGAACUAUAGUUCCCAGAAUUCCUUGAGAAGUCGCAAGAAACUACGAUUCCCAGCGUUCCCCGCGCUGGGCGGGAAUUGGACCAGAACCUCAAUAACCGGGCUCGGAGACUACAACUCCCAGGAGUCUCGCUGCAGGGCUUCCGGGGCCGCCGGAAGCGGCUGGUGGAGAGCAGCUGGCGAAGACUGUUUGGGUGCAGAUCAAGGUUAAGAGACGUAGGCAUGCUGCGUCCCAAAGCUUUGACGCAGGUGCUAAGCCAAGCCAACACCGGAGGAGUCCAAAGCACCCUGCUGCUGAAUAAUGAGGGAUCGCUGCUGGCCUACUCCGGUUAUGGAGACACAGAUGCCCGGGUCACCGCGGCCAUCGCCAGUAACAUCUGGGCCGCGUACGAUCGCAACGGGAAUCAAGCGUUUAAUGAAGACAAUCUCAAAUUUAUCCUCAUGGACUGCAUGGAGGGUCGUGUAGCCAUUACCCGGGUGGCCAACCUUCUGCUAUGUAUGUAUGCCAAGGAGACUGUGGGCUUUGGGAUGCUCAAGGCCAAGGCCCAGGCCUUGGUGCAGUACCUGGAGGAGCCCCUCACGCAAGUAGCAGCAUCAUAAUAGCGUGAUGGAAGUUGGAGUUCAAAGGGACAGCGGUUGGGAGGGACAGGGCCUGGAGAUUCCUUAUCGUGCUGGGUACAGGGAGGUGGGAGUUUUCUGAAUAAAAUUUAACUCUUGCCUUGUG